GCAUGCAUCCGAACUUCCGAUGAGCGAAGCUUGGGCAGUCCGUGUUCAAUUGCAGUCGAGAGUAGCUGUGUCAUUGUCGUGCUUUGGUGUUGUAAAUUUAUAGAUAAACUCUGUAGAAAUAUUGAUUAGUCAUCGCGAUGGCAUCUUCGUCUGGGACUGUCAACAGUUCGUCCGCGAUGCAAUCAUCGGGCACUUCAGUUCGUCGGAAAUUAUCUCCUACAAUCAUCGGGCACUAUUCUAUGACUGGCGAAGACCAGGCGUUUGAUGGAAGAAACUGCGCAAAGAUCGACAUGAGCUGGGUAAAAGCGUCCGGAAAAAAGUACUUGAAGACACGAAUGGACCUGAACGAAGUUCAGCUUGAGGAUAUGAAGGAUGACAACAAUGACAGCCUGAAGAAUCUGCAGCAAUGGAUCUUGGAGAACCCCGAGUGCAUGAGUCCGAAGCCUCACUUUGUGACGACCCGCCGCGUGAUGCGAUACCUUCUUACUUCCAUUUAUCCGCAGAUGGACGAACUACUUGUAAUACAUGCCACCAAGAUUGGCGAGACAAUUUAUAUGUACCAUGUGGCCUCCGAGAAGGAGGAGCAAAAAGACAAAAGCGUCAGCGGAAAAAAGCGGAAGAACAGCGAAAGAACAGAGGAAGAUAAGCGGAAGGACAGUUCCUAUGGUUUCAAGUUCGAGCGAUGCAUGGAGCACGGUUCUAAAGCUUCCACUGGAAACAAUGGGAAUAAAUCGUACUAUGUAGUAGUCCAAGCCAAACUUGAAUUAGAGCGGUCGUCCAAGCCAGACCACUACACCCUUCUGUACAAGGCUGAGGUAGACGGGAUGAACAAGGACUUCUACACAGACGAUAUUAAGCAGCAUCCCAACGUUGCCGCGUUGAUCGAGCUCAAAACGUGCCAGCUGAAAAUCGACGCCGGCGCCAGGGACAAAAAGAAAAAACAAACCGGCAAGCUAAACGUCGACGCCAAGGACAAAAAAAAAACGGGUAUGCCGAAAUUCGACGCCGAGAAACAAUAUCUGAAGCCGUACACAAUGCGCAACGCGUGGGCGCAGUGCUGGUCGGUGGGUAUCCCGAGUGUGGUGUGCGGCUUCCGGGAUAAAAGCGGCGUUGUGUGGUGCCUUCGGUCCUUCCGUGUAGAUGAUCUGCCUGAUUUGCAAAAGAGAAAUUUCAAUAAGAUUGACUUCUCACCGGACGAGAUGGAAAAUGGCCUGAUCAAAUUCCUGCAAUGGGCCAAAACCGAAGUCAAAGACGACGAGGUGGUCUAUGAGCUCACUGUGACCCAGCCGCGGCUUCUCGAUAACUUCUCCGUGAAGCAGCCGCCUCCAGACAAAGAUCGCUUCCGCAGUAGCCGCUUGUCGCCAGCCUCUCAGUUUCUCUUGCUUGACUUCGUGCAGGAGAUGCGUAGCAACUGACGCGACAUCAGUACGCAAGUGAUGCAACCAAAAUUCAAUGUUUGGCCAAAAAAAUUUAUUUCUUCUCACUAAGCAAUAUGAAGUCGAUUGUACAAACCGCAUCAAAAUCCUUAAUAAAUAAAUAACAAAAUAAAUAAUGAUAUUUGGUUACGUGGUAUUUAUACAUUAUGUUGUAAUAAUUUACUAAUAAAUUCACCCAACUUUCCGGAUGUAGAUAAAUAUGAUUACAAACAUUCUUCUUCUUCAUUCUUCAAUCAUUCAUAUCAUGAAUGAGGUUUACGGCUAAAAUAUCCAGUGUCAAUCCUAAUAGAAAAUAUUGUUUAAAAAAAGCUCUUUCUGUCUGCUCCUAAAUUUUGCUUCUAGCGCAUGUUAAUUUCAUCAA